GCACUCUGAAAAACAGCACUGUUGCAUGUAGUGAUUCAGACAUACAAAGCUAUAAGGGAGUCACAUACAUGUGCAGGCAGGUGUAGGUCAGGAGCUAUGCAUACCAUUCAUGGACUUUGCAGGUUCUGCAUUGAACGCAACUUGCCUCAGGUUACCAUUCUGAGGGGAAAGGAUGGUUUUGGCUUCACUAUCUGCUCAGAUUCCCCUGUGCGUGUGCAGGCUGUGGACCCAGGUGGUCCAGCUCACCAGGCUGGUUUGCAGCAGUUGGACACAGUGCUUCAACUGAAUGGCCAACCAGUAGAGCACUGGAAAUGUGUGGACCUGGCACAUGCCAUCAGAAACUGCCGUAAUGAGAUCACUGUGGUGGUCUGGAGAACAAUGCCGGUCAUGAAGCCCUACUAUGAAGGUCUGAUUCACAGGCCCUCAUAUAAAACUUCUGGCUUUGACAGUCUGUCUCCUGCCACCAAGACCCAAAACAAAACGCCACCCCUGCUUUCCCGACCAUCCAACCACAAACUAAGCCGUCAUAAGAAAGGAAACAGCUCUGAGAGUGCAGGAAAUGGAACCAGGGAGCCAACAUGGUCAUGGACAGGGAAACGGGAAGAGAAUGACUACAAAACACGUACACAGACCCUCAAGGGCACCCGUGUGACAUCAUCGAAUGGUGACAAUUACAUCAUCUUGUCCCCUGUCAAUCCAGGAAACCAGAUAUUACAACCUGUUUAUCCAGACAGCAAUGGAACACUAGGAACCCUUGGGAGAAUUUAUCAGACUCACUCCUCAAGAGGAAUUCAGCAGAGCACGGCCUACCUCCAGGACACUGGAGGGGACGCGCGAGCCACAUUACGCAGGUCUCUGAACAGCAAGACAGCCACAAUUCCACCCUCAUCAUAUAGACAGAGCUUCGCCAACUACCAAAACUGCACACUUGUACAGUCACAUCUUCCCCACUCCAGCUACGGCACUUAUGUCAGCCUGGCCCCCAAGAUCCUCAUCUUUCCUGUGUUUGUCCAGCCACUGGACCUAUGCAGCCCAGAGAGAACGCUGCUUCUGUCUGAAGAGAUGAUCCUUCAUGACAGCACAAACAUGGCACUUAAGGUCACAGUGUUCAUCUACACUGACCUAAUGCUGCUGACUAGAGAGGACGAACCUGGUCGAUGCAAUGUGCUGCAGAGUCCUCUCUACCUCCAUCAAAUCCAGCUGCAAGAUGUUCCUGCAGAUAAACUGCACCUGUAUGUCUCAUACAGAAUAGAGAUAACUGAAUGUCUGUUCAGUUUGGAGGCCUUUUCAACUGAGCAGAAGAGAAGAGUUUACCAAUGUCUGAGAGACAACAUCAACAAGCAGCUCGCUCUGAGAGAAAGAUUAGGUCCUGAUCAGAUGCUAGAGCCAAAGACUGGUGAUCGGGCUGACUUGGGACUGCUAGGCUUCGGCACGCAUGGUGUUUCAGAACCAUGUUCUCCAUCACAACCCACCUGCUCCCCUCUCAGUGGUCUUACCCGAGCCAGAACCAGCAUCCCUUCUGAGUGUGUGUCAUAUCCCAGCGAGUGUGUCCAGCCCCCUCCUACAUUAGGAGACACCUCUAAAUCUGCACAAAUGGAACCUGCUGCCAUCUGGAAGGAGAGGGUGAAGGAGCCAAAGUGUGGUGAACAGGCGUCAGAGUUUGAGAAGAGGGAACAGGGUGAAGGUGAAAGCGCCAGACCCACAUCUUCAUCUUCCUCCUCAUCACCUCUCAUUAUCCCUAAACUGUGCUUAGAUCACUCCUUCAAUCCAGAUGCUCUCACCUCACCAUCCACUGAUGAUGACGAAGAACUUGAGCAGGAGGAAGAGGAGGAAGAGGACAAUGACGAAGGCUAUCUGAAGCGGAGGAGCCUGGUGGAGAUGUCAUCUCGCAAGGGCCAGCAGAGCACGAGGCUGUGUGUGCAGCGCUCAUUGCACCGGCGCACACACAGCGAGGGCAGCCUGCUGCAGGAGCCACGCUCACCACGCUUUAUCUCUGACCAGGCCAUACACUGCAUGGAGAACAGCAGAGGGAUGCAGCAGCGGUGGACUGUUCCCUCACCCCAGACCUUGAGGAAAGAACUCACAAAGAACAGAGGAUCUAUCCAUCAGAUCUGCCUGCUCUUCACUGGGAGGAGGGUCUGUGGUGAGCCAAACUGUAAGUGUCAAGUGGGGAAGAGCACCCAGAAGAAAUCGAAAAAUCUGGCAAAAGAUAUGAAGAAUCGUCUGACAUUUCUCAGGAAGAACAACAACGACAGACCCGGAAGUUAUCCAUCCAGCAAGCUUGAGAAAGUACUCAAAUCAGACAAGCCUUCUCCAGAAGAAGCUCUUAAAUGGGGAGAAUCUUUUGACCUGUUGCUCUCUCACAAAUAUGGACUCGCCGUGUUCCACUCCUUCCUGCAGACAGAGUUCAGUGAGGAGAAUCUAGAUUUCUGGCUCGCUUGUGAGGACUACAGAAGGAUCAAAUCUCUAUCCAAGAUGGCUUCAAGAGCGAAAAAGAUAUAUGAACAGUACAUCUCCAUCCAGUCAUCUAAAGAGGUUAAUUUGGACUCUUACACCAGAGAGCAGACCAAGGAGAACAUGGAAAGUAUUGGCACUGACUGCUUUGAUCUGGCCCAGAGCCGGAUCUUUGGACUCAUGGAGAAAGACCCAUACCCUCGCUUCCUCCGAUCCGACCUUUACCUGGAUUUAAUCCACCAAAAGGAGAGCGCCACUACAGAGCUUUCCUGAAGUUGCUGAUUCUAACUGCUGAGUAUUAACAUCUCUCAGUAGCAUGGAGAUAUGCAGCUUUCCACAUUAAAUGGAUGCCAAACAGUGUUUGUUGGCCAGACUCUCCAGCCUGUGUAUACCACUGUGUGUUUUGUGUUGAUAUAAACUCAGUAUGUACCGGUGAGGUAUAUUUUGAUUCAAUGCUGCCCCCUGUUGGAUAAUGCUGGUAAAGCAACAUAUGUGCUUGUUCUGCAAUGUUGAUUUCUGUGGCUGUAUUGGCAGCAUCCAGAGGGUGAAAAGCAUGUUAGGUAAGGAGGCAAACUUGAAGCAUGGAACUGUGUUGUAAUCUGCCUUCACCAAUUAUACAAAGUGAACAAGGCACAGAUGGGUGACAAAGGAAGAACUGGUGGCUCUCUCAUGCUUGGGCGGGAGACAACAUUCUUCACCACCACUGUCGUCGUCAUCAUCAUCAUCAUCAUCAAUAAACAUCAACCAAGGGAAUAGCUUUUGGAAGAAUGACAUUCAUCCCCACCGUACAGUCCCAGUGACCUGUAGAAUUUAUGCCAAGGUGUGGUGGAUCUGUUCUGGUGAUUUGUGUUGGGCCUUACUAAGAAUUUUAUGUUUUGUUUUGUUUUUUCCUUUUAAUUGUCACCUGCCUGUAUCUCAAGAAAGUGUAAACAGAAGCAAUGAAUGCCCUCUUACAUAAAUCAACUGAUUUAAAGUAGACUCUUACACCAUGGACUUGCUUGUAUGAGUUUUCAGUAGGAAAAAAAAGAGCUUUGACAACAUAGAUUAAACCUGAGCUUAAGAGUCUGUAGGAAUUAGAACAAGUCAGAGUGAUUGUGUUAAACUUAAGUUGUAAAGAGAAGCAAAAGCAGGUAAACUUGCUCAACUUUGUAAUAAUAUUUCAUAACAAGUGAUUUGUGUAUUCCAGCAAGUUUGAAAUAACACGUACUGACCUUUUUUCAUUUGAUAAUUACAAAAGCUGUUUCAGAGCUUUGACCAUAUUUCCAAUGAGCGUAUAAUGGAAAUAAACAUCCAACCGGCCAUCCCAGAUGGCUUUUUAUACAAGAAAAAAAAAGGGGGGGGGGGUGCCACAUGUUUAUUAAACCCUUUCACCACUGUCUAACUUUUUUCCAGAAAGGGUUAAUUUUGUCAGCAGAUCGAAUCAGUAAAAAAUCAAAUCCAAUCCGUUGCAAAUGCAGCAUUUCAGGUCAGUAUCAGUCUGGUUUUAAUACACAUCACAUUUUCAGGACUGUAGACUUAAUUCCAUGUCUACCCGUUUUCAUUUAAAAGUGCAAUAAAUGAGCUUACCCCACCAGCUGACCUCAUAACAGUUAUAACUAAAUGGGCAUCUUUAUUAUUUUAAUGAGAAAUUUUAUGUCUGCAGAUAUAGGUGAUUAUAAAGAGACAAGCAUUAUGAAGGUUUAGGGGAGUGUCAUGGUAAAACCUUUUUGUUGCUGAGAAUGUUUUUGUUUCCUGUUUGAAAGGAGGCUCUGUUAUUUAAGUAUACAUCUGAGAUGUUAAACAAUGAUAAAACCUCAGUGUAUUGUGUUUUUUUUUUCCCCUUGUUGCUGUGGAGUAACUAAGCAAAGAGCAUAUAUUUAGUGCAUAGGUCAGAAGUCAUAAAUUCCAUGUUCAUUUAAGGGACAGCACUUCAGUGUUUUAGGCUUCUGCAAGAUAUGUGUUUAUAUUAAAUUGCUUUUUUUUAAUCCUAACUUCUUGCUAUAAUUAUGAUUUUGACUGUAUUUAUUUGUGUGCUCACCAUCCACUUACUGCUGCCUGUGAAUGCUGUAUAUUGCGAUUUAAUAAAACUACAUGACAGUA